AGAUCAUUCAUAGAUAUGUCAAUAAGUUUAUCUCAAUAUGGUCUUGAUAUUGUCGUCAAUAGGAAUCAAUUCAUCGAUUCGGUGGAAUUAAAGGAAAUGGAAUAUGUGGGAAGGUCAUUGGUUGCUCGGCAACAGCUGUCAUGUGGUGAUACCGUUCUUAUAGAAUCACCUCUACUUCAAUACUUGUUAGAACCCAAUUGUCGUUCUUCUUUAUCUCCUUUUUACUCAAAGAAACUAUGGAAAGCUUUGGUCGAUAUUGUCAUAUCUGAAGAUCCAUCUAUACAACCAUCAGUCAACAAUCAAUCUUCCAACAAUAAUAAUAACAACGACGAUGACUAUACGGACAGUGAUUACGAUGAUAGCGAUGAUACUGACAACGAAGAUCAAACUUCAACUCCAACAUCAUCAUUUGUGCCAGGCAUUCCGGCGGCCAUGCUUGCUUUUUUACAACUUUACCCACCUACAACAAAACCAAGCUCACUACCAAAACAUUUCAAAUCUUCUCCACCUUCUGAUUUUGAAUUCUUUUACUAUCCUUCAACUGACAUGGAUCAUGCCACCGUACAACUAGUAUCACGAACAGCAAAACGUGCUUCAGUCGAACUUGAACUCUUCCAGCAUACAGAUCCUGAAUUGAUGUGCGAAUUUAUCCUCAAAAUCUAUGGAAAUGCUCACACAGUUGCCUUGGAUCGAAAAGCAAAUCAACGUGCCAAAUUAUCACCUCCUACUCACAGUAAGAAACAUCAUCGACGACAUACCAUUUACGCUAACCGACGACCAUCUAAUGAUGAUGAUGAUGACGAUGAUGAUGAUGAAAACUAUUCGAAUGUAUGGGCCUCGGUAUCACGACCAAGUAUUGCAUUGAUGUUAUGGGGUUCCAAAUUUGCACAUGCCUGUUCACCAAAUUUAUUACUUCAAUACGAUCCACCUACCAAUACAAUGGCAUUUGUGGCUACGCGAACUAUCCCUGCUGGUGAUCUUUUGACCUUUUCUUAUUUACCCGAAGACGAAUCUCUUGGUGGGUUGGUAUGUGGUACUACUGAUGAUCGACGUACAAAACUACAACAAUUCAAGUUCUUCGAUUGCGCCUGUGAACGAUGUCAAGCCAAAGAUCUUUGUAGAGGUUGCUACUGCCCUGAAUGUUGGAAAUCAUCCACUACGUCUCAAACAAGUUGGUAUGAUGGAUCAAGUCGAACCUGGGAAUGUGAACACUGUCAUUCAAAAGACAUACCCUCUUUUGUACUGAAGGACAUGGAAAAAGGUGAAGCCUAUGUUGAACGCAUGGUGACUGGUUUGGCCACGAAAUUACGGAAUGGUAGUAAUAUGUCUAGCAUUAUACAUAUGAUGGAAGGCUAUUUGAAUGAUUUACUACAGCGUGGAAACGACAAGGAUCAAACAACAGCGAUUCCUCGACAUCAUUGGACUUUUGGUUAUAUACAUGGUUUACUGGCUAUCUAUCAUGUGGAACUAUUUCCUGGUAUGUUUGGCAAAGGAUUGGCCAGUCAGUUAGGAUUGAUGGAAACUGGAUUAAAAGAAGCAAGACUUUAUAUUGUGGACUUUUUACAUCAGCAACUAUGGUCAUCCAACCCUGUCCCUGCGUUCUUUGCUGCAUGGCAUGUUCUGGCACCUGUGAUACAAGCAACCAUGGAUGGCACAGAAGAGAAGCAAUAUUUUAUACCAACCAAAAAGAAGAAGCAAUCUAAUGAUGAUGAUGACGAUGAUUCUGAUGAUGAUAUGGAACAACCUAUAUUACUUGAUCCUCUUGUGGUUGCUAUGCCUGCUGAAUGGAAAACGACUCUCAAUGAAAUGGUGAAUGUGGUGGCAAUACAAUGGAUACCAGUGAUCAAGACUAUUUUUAGUCGACGAUCUUCUUUGGUGGUAGAUGAUAUGAUGGAAAAGAUACACAAAUGGGCUGAUCGGGUACAUCAAUCAUCUUCUUUAUAGAAUAGAUAACUUUGUAGAAUAAAUAUAGUUUUUAGAUGCAUUAUUAAAAAUAAAAAAUCCUAUUUAAUCCC